AUGGUGCUGAUGAUUUCCGUCGCACUGCUCACGGACGCACUGCUGGAGGCCGUCGUGCUGCUCGCGACGGCGCCGCUGGAUGGAGUCCGCCAUGCUGAUCACGGUCGCGCUGCUGGAUCCGCCAUGCCGCUCACGGUCGCGUUGCUGGAGUCCGCCAUGCUGUUCGCGGUCGCGCUGCUGGAGUCCAUCGCAAUGCUCGCGACGGCGCUGCAAGAGUCCGUCAUGCUGCUCAUGGUCGCGCGGCAGGAAUCCGUCGUGCUGCUCACCGCGCUGCUGGGGUCAAUCGUGCUGCUCACCGUCGUGCUGCUGGAGUCCGUCGUGCUGCUCACGGUCGCGCUGCUGAAAUCGAUCCUGCUGCUCACGGCCGUGCUGCUGCAGCCCGUCGCGCUGCUCGCGGCCGUGCAGUUCGAAACCACCAUGAUGUUCACACUCGUGCUGCUGGACUCCGUCGCAAUGCUCACGACGGCGCUCCAAAAGCCCGUCCUGCUGUUCACGGUCGUGCUGCUGGAACCCGUCGUGCUGCUCACCGACGCGUCCGUCCUGCUGCUCACGGUCGUGCUGCUGGAGUCCGUCGCGCCGCUCACGAUGGUUCUGCUGGAGUCGAUCCUGCUGCUCGCGGCCGUGCUGCUGCAGCCCGUCGCACUGCUCGCGGUCGUGGUGCUCGAAACCGCCGUGCUGUUGGGGUCUGUCAUGCUGUUCGUGGCGGCGCUGCCUGAGUCCCUCAUGCUGUUCACGGUCGUGCUGCCGAAGCCCGUCGCGCCGCUCACGAUGGUGUUGAUGGGGCCC